AUGUGGUCUGUGGUGGUUUGCCAGGCCGUUUCGUUUCGACCGCCAGAAGUAAGUCUAGGGUCCUCUAGGGCUCCCUCGUCCGUCCCUUGGCCUCGGGUCGUCCCCCUCUUUCUGGGCUGCCCUUGGGCUCCGGCACGGCGGCCAGCUCCUGCGAGUUGGCCUGCGAUUUGCCGUCCUACGGCCUCGUUCGUCUGCGUCUUGAUCGGGCCAUGGCGUUGGGACGCACCGGGCGAACCACCGGCGCCACUGCCACGCCCACGCGCGCGCCCUGCUUCGCUUCCGUCCGCGCUGCAACAAGGACGCUACGCCAUGUACGCUACAAUUUGUAUUCGUCUCUUGGGAACCGGCUCAACGCCACCGCAGAUGGGACGUCGGCGGGCCGCUCCUUGGGUCGGGGCCAGCCAUGUACGAAGGGAGCAUGGGAACAAGGAGCAAGGACCGAACCCAGAGGCUCCGCUGCCCGAUGCCAGACGCGCAGGAGACUCGUAA